AGCCCUAACCCUAACCCUAGCCAUAACCCGAACCAUAACCCUAACCCUAGCCCUAACCCUAACCAUAACCCUAGCCAUACACCUAGCCAUAACCCUAGCCAUAACCCUAACCCUAACCAUAACCCUAACCCUAACCCUAACUCUAGUCAUAACCCUAACUCUAGCCAUAACCCUAACACUAGCCAUAACCCUAACCCUAACCAUAACCCUAACCCUAGCCAUCACCAUAACCCUGACCAUAACCCUAACCCUAGCCAUAACCCUAACCCUAGCCAUAACCCUAACCCUAGCCAUAACCCUAACCCUAGCCAUAACCCUAACCCUAACCAUAACCCUAACCCUAGCCAUCACCAUAACCCUAACCAUAACCCUAGCCAUAACCCUAACCCUCGCCAUAACCCUAACCAUAACCAUAACCCUAACCCUAGCCAUAACCCUAACCAUAACCCUAGCCAUAACCCUAACCAUAACCCUAACCAUAACCCUAACACUAACCAUAACCCUAGCCAUAACUCUAACCCUAGCCAAAACCCUAACCCU